GUGGUGCAGCUCUGUGUUUUGUGUUAUAAACGGUUUUUACGUGUGUGUGUGUGCGUGAACAGUCACGUGAUUAAACCGGUUUAUAAACAGCUCAAACACAACAACACUCUUCAAGCUUCCGGUUUGUGUUGUUUUUCUUCUUCUACGUUUUAACUGCGAGUUACAGACGAGUGAAACAGACGAUGUUUCCAUGAGAGAUGAUGCCCACCUGAGGGGACGUGAUGGACAAUGUCAAAACAAGCCGUGUGAGUCGGCCUCAGCGGAUCAGUGAAACAUCCAAGGUGUUCCGAUGGGCGGAGCAGGGGGCGGAGCUUCUGCGCGGCCUGGACGAGCAGCGGCAGCUCGCUCACUUCUGUGACGUGGUGCUGGUGGCCGACGACCACCGGGUCCCGGCUCACCGCGCCCUGCUCGCCAUCUCCAGCCCGUACUUCCACGCCAUGUUCACCUUGGGCAUGAGGGAGGAGCAUCAGGAGGAGGUGGAGCUGGUGGGGUUGUCCUGCGCCGGUCUGAAGGCUGUGGUCGACUUCCUGUACACCGCUGAGCUGCCAUUGGACGGAGGGAACAUCGACUCUGUGCUGGAAGCUGCUCACCUGCUGCAGGUGUGGCGAGCGGUGGAUUUCUGCUGUCAGUACCUGGAGCAGGAAGUGAGCGAGGACAACUUCCUGUACCUGCAGGAGCUGGCUCUGUUCUACAGCCUGGAGCGCCUGGACGCCUUCAUCGACCGCUUCGUCCUCGCUCGUUUCUCCACGCUCUCUCUCACCCGGGACUUCCUGCUCAACAUCCCUCUGCACAAACUCAGCUCCUACCUCGCCAGCAGCCAGGUUCAGCACGCCAGCGAGCAGGCGCUGCUCCAGGUCGCCAUGCGGUGGCUCAGCCAGACGCCCGAGCGCACGGCCCACUCCUCCCAGCUGCUCGCCCACAUCCGCUUCCCUCUGAUGCCGGCGGGCGACCUCGUCGACCCGGUGCUGGCGGCGGUGCGGUCGCUGCUGCCGGGGGGGGCUGGCUGCGAGGCGCUGGUGGAGGAAGCUCUGGAGUAUCACGCCAAUCCCAGCGCUCAGCCGCUGCUGCAGACAGGACGCACGGCGCUGAGGGGGGGCGUGGAGCAGCUGCUGCUGAUUGGAGGAGAGGUGUCGGAGUUCGGGGAGGAGCUGAGCGCUAACGUCUGCCGUCUGGCCGGUGAAGCCGAGCAGUGGGCGGUGGAGACGGAGCUGCCGGGCCAGCGGAGCCACCACUGCCUGGCCGUGCUCGGCGGCUUCAUCUUCGCUGCCGGCGGCAGCUCGUCCCGGGACAACGGUGGAGACGCUGCCUGUAACCUCCUGUACCGAUACGACCCCCGACACAACCAGUGGACCCGGGGGGCGCCGAUGAACCAGCGGCGGGUGGACUUCUACCUGGGGACGGUGGGACAGUGUCUGAUCGCUGUGGGUGGAAGGAACGACACCGGAGCUCUGUCCUCGGUGGAGCUUUACUGUCCGGCUGAGGACUGCUGGUCCUACGUGGCCGAACUGUCCCGGUUUACCUACGGUCACGCCGGGACCGUCCACCAGGGGGUGGUCUACAUCUCCGGCGGCCAUGACUUCCAGAUCGGCCCGUACCGCCGAGAGGUCCUGAGCUACGACCCCUCCCAGGCCGGGGGGGUUUGGCUGGAGCGCCAGUCCAUGUCUCUGGCCCGCGGCUGGCACUGCAUGGCGUCACUCAACCACCUGAUCUACGCCAUCGGGGGCAGCGACGACCACGAGGACACCACCGAGCGCUUCGACAUCCUGCAGGUGGAGUCCUACGACCCCCGCAGCGGCCAGUGGACCCGGGUGGCGCCGUUGCUGCUGCCCAACAGCGAGGCGGGGCUCGCCGUGUGGGCCGGCAAGAUCUACGUGCUGGGGGGCUACAGCUGGGAGAGCAUGGUGUUCUCCAGAGCCAUGCAGGUGUACAACCCCGACAGAGGGUCCUGGUCCAGAGGGCCCGACCUCCCCAAACGCAUCGCAGGCGCCUCAGCGUGCGUCUGCAGCGUCAAGCCCUCGACAUCAUCAUCAUCAUCAUCAUCAUCAUCAUCAUCAUCCUCUCCGGAGAAGAAGAAGAUGGGACAAAGAGUGAAAGGAAGAUCAAACCCUGUGUAACGACGAAGGACUUUUCUCUUUGUCCAGACAGAAGCAUCAGCUCAUCACACCAGCGCAGGAGGAACCUCUGACGACCUGAGGAGGUUCUGCUCCAAACCCGUUUGAGUGAAGUCUGGUUCACUGGAAGCUCCAACGUUCCAAGGAUCUGGAGCAGAACCCAGAACCAGAGCUGAUCUGGUGGAAGAAGAGUUUUAAAUAGAGCUCAUCCCGUCCCUCAGGGAAUCCUAGAACCUGAGGGACGGACGUGGAGACCAAUGAGGUGAGACGUGGUCGUAUGUCUCAGGCUUCUCUCCUGUGUUCUGUCCUCUCAGGACCUUUGUCCUACUCAACACAGGAAGUUGACUGUCUGUGGACGGAGUUGUUCCGUCUUUUAGUCGUUAUCUAUCCGACUUCUUAGCCCUGGUUCCCAUGGUUACUGGAGGAGAGAGAAGGGACUGAAGUGUGUCGGGCCGAGCGAGGAUCAACAUGAAUCAAACUAAGUUCAGUUUGAAAACCGGAUCAACAGCCUCGAACCGGCACAUUUUGAUAACUGACUGUAAUAAAAUAUGAAACGUGUCUCAACUGUCAAACUGCUUUUAAUUAAAAACAAUCUCGUGUCAACAGAAACACACACUUGACUUUAUUCAUAACAGGGAAACACACAAAGAGCUGAUCUAUAUUUUGUUUACAUUCAUGUUUGUAAACUGAAUUCUCUUCACAGUUGUCAUCACAUUUCAUCAGGUAGAGAGUCACUGGAGGGUUUCAGUGUGUGAUGCUGGUGGGAGGAGCCGUGUGACGCUGG